AUGGAUAUAUAUAAUUACAUCUUUGAGCAUGAAUCACACUAUCAGCUGAUAUAUACAAUUACAUCUUUGCAUAAUAUGAUGGGAUAUCAGCUAAGCAUUGGAUUCUUAACACUCCCUUCAGAAACAAUCAAAGAGAAAGAAUUUAAGAUAGAGAUUCACAUUCUUGGGAAAGUCAAACAUGAGAAUGUGGCCAUAUUCUUAGGUUCAUGUUCAGAAGGACCACACAGGCUUCUUGUCUAUGAGUAUGUGUGCAAUGGUUCUCUGAACAAAUAUCUGUCAGAAAAAAGCAGCAAAUUAACAUGGGAAACAAGAAUUAAUAUUGCAUAUGGAGCAGCUAAAGGUUUAGAAUAUCUGCAUAGAGAAAGGAUUUAUGGAAGCAUGAGGCCAAGCAACAUACUCGUCACCCAUGAUUAUCAGCCACUAGUAAGAUUAAUUUGUUGUUUGCUUUGGGUAUAUUUAUAUGGCUAG